AUGGCUACCAAGAAGGAGAAGCUUAAAGAAUCGUUCUUCGCUUCGCCGCUGUAUGAUUUUCUUUCACCAUUUCGUCCCGUGGGGAGCCAGUAUUACGCAGAAUAUGUUAUAGUAUUUUUUGCGUUAGUGAUACGGUGUGCCGUUGGACUGGGGUCGUUCUCAGGAGCUGGUGUGGAGCCAAUGCAUGGAGACUUCGAAGCUCAAAGACAUUGGAUGGAAAUAACGCUUCACCUGCCUACUAGUCAAUGGUACUGGUAUGAUUUGCAGUACUGGGGACUGGACUAUCCUCCACUAACAGCGUACCACUCGUACAUCCUAGGAAAACUAGGCUCGUUUUUGCAUCCUGCAUGGUUUGCCCUCAACUCGUCAAGAGGGGCAGAAUGUCCCGAUUUGAAGUCUUACCUUCGCUUUACCGUUAUUCUGAGCGAGGCUUUGCUCUAUAUCCCAGCCGUGCUGUAUUUCACUAAAUGGCUGGGGAGAUUCAGAGGACAAUCGCCUAUUGGCCAAUACAUUGCUGCCGCUGCCAUUUUAUUCCAGCCUUCUCUAGUGCUGAUUGAUCACGGCCAUUUUCAGUAUAAUUCAGUGAUGCUCGGACUCACGGUUUACGCCAUCAAUAAUUUAUUGGAUGGGUACUACGCGCCGGCCGCGGCAUGCUUCGUCCUUUCGUUGGGGUUCAAACAAAUGUCCCUUUACUAUUCACCGAUUUUCUUCUCUUUCCUGCUGAGCAAAAGCAUCUUUUCUCCUUCCUUUAAUGUGGCACGCCUCACGAGCAUUGCAGUGGCCACCAUGACCGUUUUUGCAGCUCUUUUGGCUCCGAUUUACCUCUCAGGUGGCCUGCAGAAUGUUCUGCAGGUAGUAAUCCGAAUUUUUCCGUUUUCGAGAGGGCUGUUUGAAGACAAAGUUGCAAACUUUUGGUGUGUGAGCCAUAUCUUUAUCAAAUAUAAUCAGAAAUUCAGCUUGGAUGAACUCAAACGAUUCUCAAUCAUUGCCACAGGUGUUGGUUUUGCCCCGGCAUUCAUAGUAGCGUUUUUGCACCCGAAGAGGCACAUGUUACCAUACGCCUUGGCUUCUUGCUCCAUGUCGUUCUUCCUGUUCAGCUUCCAGGUUCACGAAAAGUCCAUCUUGGUGCCUCUUCUCCCAAUAACACUACUCUACUGCUCUACGGAUUGGAAUGUUCUGUCAAUGGUGAGUUGGAUUAACAAUGUUGCGUUUUUCACGCUUUAUCCAUUGUUGAAAAAGGACGGACUGAUCUUACAGUAUUUUGUUAUGAUGGGUCUCAGCAAUUGGCUACUGGGAAACUUCAGCUUCGUAACCCCAAGGUUCUUGCCCAGCUUCCUUACCCCGGGGCCGUCAGUGAGCGAUGUCGCGGGCACAUAUCGGCGUCAGAGCUUCUUACCCGAGAGCCUAUUUUGGAAAGUAGUAAUUGUGACCUCUUACCUCGCAAUGACCGCGUUUCAUGUGCUGGAUUUUUUCGUGCAACCUCCUGCUCUAUUGCCGGAUCUUUGGAUUUUAUUAAACUGCGCUAUUGGUUUUGGAUGCUUCACUCUGUUUUGGCUGUGGAACAACUAUAAGUUGAUUACUAUGAGAAACAAAACACUACAUGACUUGUAA